CGCAUGGUACCAUUUGCAAGUACUUCAAUUACUCAUAAUCUGAUCCCAGAAAAAUUCUUCACUCCCAUUCACAACGAUGUCGUCCAGCAAACCUCCCACCGAACUCAAAGCCGCCUUCCAGACCGACCUAGGCCACCUAGCCUUCACCCCUGCCUGGUCCGACAUCCUCACCCUCUCCCCCUCAAUCUUCGACGCAAGUCGGCACCUCCGCAGCGUCCCUCUCAAAAAGAAACACCUCAAACCCAAACUCCAAUCCCUCAUCGCCCUCUCCGUCUCCAGCGCCGCAACACACCUCUAUGUUCCCGGAAUCCGCACACAUAUGCGCGCGGCGCUGGAAGCUGGAGCCAGUAUAGCUGAAGUAACUGAAGUUCUUGAAUUGACAAGCACGCUGGGUAUUCAUGCUUGUAAUAUUGGAGUGCCGAUUUUGGUGGAGGUUAUGAAGGAGGAGGGGAUUUAUGAUAGCCAUAAGAGCACGAUUGAAGCGCCGAAGGAUCAGAAGAGGAUCGAUUUGCGAGAGGAGUUUACGAAGAAGAGGGGAUAUUGGCAUGAGUUCUGGGAGGACUUCUUGAGGCUUGAUCCGGAAUUUUUUGAGGCGUAUUUGGACUUUUCCACUGUGCCGUGGGUGAAAGAUACGAAAGGGGAUGGGAGUGGAGGUGGUGUUUUGUCGCCGAGGGAUAAAGAGCUUAUCUACUGCGCCUUCGACGCCGCAUCCACUCACCUCUACAAGCCCGGAUUGAAGCUUCACAUGAAGAAUGCAAUAGGAUAUGGAGCUACGCCGGAAGAGAUUAUGGAAGUGUUGGAAAUUGCUACAUUAUUGAGUCUGCAUACUUUAGAAGUUGCUGCUCCGAUUCUGGUCCAGUUGAAGCCUGGGAGGUAAAUUGGGAGGCCGUAAACCAGAACUGGCUCUAAGAGUACGACCAAUGCAGUUCACAGAGGAUCUGAACAAAUCUUGAACAUGAUCUUAACUUGCAGCCAGAGUCCUCAAUAAUUACGAAACUUGUCUCGCUUUGAAGUUUUGGGAUAAGAAAAUACAGGACCUAGAGUGGUUUAGCGCAAAGCAUCCCAAGUUCGCUUGGGUUUUAGCGAGACUCGUUGCUUCCAAACAAACAUCAAAUACAGAAACUUCUUCAUCUACAGAUCCUUGGAAACCCUGUCUGAGCACUGGAUAGUCCAAGAUACGUGCAAUACUCCAUUGCAGUAUACAAAGCCAGUAAAGGUGCCUUAGCACCAUCCUAAAU